CUUGUGUGUGGAGAUGUCUGUGGGAAGUUCAAUGUGCUGUACGGAAGGGUUAGGAAUGUUUUGAAGAAAAACAAAGAUUUUGAGGUAAAGCAAGAGAGAGAAGAAAAAUUCAUGCGUCAUAAUUUUAAUCCUUGAUAGUGUACAUUUACCACUUAAUAAAUAUCUUGAUGUUACCACAUGCACUGUGCAGAUUAAGUGAAAUCGUGUUAUUAGAAAAAAAGGUUUCUAAUCUGGAUUUCUUAAAAAAAAAAUGCGGGCAGGCAGGCGGGUGCUUUUUUUUUCUCUCUGUUUCUUCUGCCUUUUUUUAUCAUUGCCAAUCGAAUGCUUUCUUUACAAAUACCCUCCCCAGGGAUAUGUCGAAGUUAAAUUUUUAUGUCAGAUAGUGUUUGUUUUCCUUUUGUUUUUGGGUAUGGUAACGUAUGCUAAUGAAGUUGAAACAAAAUAAAAAUAAAAAUUACCUGAGAUGAAAAAUUAACUACAACACAUACAUUGGAGUUCGUUGAUGAAAUAUUAAUACUACUACUUGUACAUGAGGUAAAUGAAACAUAAAUUUGGUUUAUUUUGAUACAUGUAUUUAAUAAAAUGCUUCAUUUUAUGAAAAGGAAUGCUUGUUACGCAGGAUUGUGUAGUUUUAAAUAUGUUUUUAAAGUAAUGCUUGUUGGUUUUUGUUUGUUCCAACUUUUCCAAUAACAAAUGAUUAAUAAAGACAGGCGGUCUUGAAAAAUUAAGCGUGCAGGGCCCAGAAACAUUGUGUUUAUUUUCAGUUGGUCUUAAGAACCUAAAAUUUUGUAGGUCUCUAUGUAAGACAGUGUGUUUUUCAUCAUUCAGAUGCUUUUGUGUGUUGGAAGUUUCUUUGGAACAAAUGAAGAGUCUAAGAAAGAAUGGGAAGCAUACUCUUCUGGAAGUGUUGCAGGUGCAAUAUAUUUUGUAUACUUAACACUUACCUGUGCAUGUACCACUUGCAAUCUUUCAAGCAGAUCACAGUAAUGCAAGUUUAAAAAGCCAAUCACCUUUGCAUCCUGACCAAAAUCUCACUUAUUUAUUUAUUUAUUUAUUAUUUAUUUAUUGUUUCACCCAGGACUACUCUCUGAUGGUCUUGCAAUCAUUAUGCACUUUGACGUACAUGCACAUGUACAUGUAUGACAGUAUAAUCCUUUAGCAGGUUUUAAACAUUUUUCUCAUAAUGCGCUUACGUAGUCUCCAGGGUUCUCUGGAAGCUUGGGUAACAGAUGAUUUACAGAAAAUAAAUGUAAAGGCAAACUUGGGAAAAAGGUGUUAUCCUCUGUGGCUAACGAUCUUUUCGUAGUCACUCAAAAUGCACUGAAAUGCUUUUUUUUUUCUUCCAAUCCCCUAAAAUAAUUUUACUCGGUAGGUCCUAUGACUCCUCCAGUGGAAGGGGAUGAUUCUCCUCCUCCCCUUCCAUACCUACACGUAGUCCUAUGCUUCCUUAGAUGUAUAUUUCUGUCUUUCAGUCCCGAUUCCCACUUACAUCCUUGGGCCAACAGAAAAGGAGGAAGUGAACUACUUUGCAUCAGUUUCCUUGGACAGUGGGGGAGAAAUGUGUGAAAAUGUCACAUAUCUAGGUAACAAUGCAACUGUACAGUACAGCACUUACAGCCUGUUAUAAUUAUGGGCUAUUGGUGGCAAUGCUGUGCAGGACAUAAAUUUUAAUCAUUUCUAUCUUGACUCUAGCGCCACAUACAAUUUGUUAAAUUGAAUGAAAAGGGUGUACAAGAUUUGUGACCGUAAGUACUGUAAAUCCUCUAUUAAGACCCCCGGAGAGGGCUUAUUUAAAUCAAACACCUUUGAGGGGCGGGGGGAGGCGGUAUUUGAGAGAGGGCUUAUUUAAUUUAACAAAGACAAUGGUAUCAGUUCUCCAUAAGGAACCAGUCUAACAAUACAAAGUGGAAAAGCUUAUUAAAGUACAAGAAGUUAGAGGUCACAUAUACACCCAAGGAUCAAAAACAAAUCUGAACUUCUGAGUUGGUGAAUAAGUAGUAUGUUCACAUUCACUGUUAUAGUGUAAAAUUGACUUCUCAAAUCUGCAGGUCACAUUAGUUAGCAGGCUUAGGACAAUCAUUUCCAUGAUAACAAAUUGUCAUAACAUUUCCAUCAUGUGCAGGUAAAAAAGUUGGAGCAGAAAAUAAACCAAGGGGAGAGUAGACCCAAAAACCUUUAAUAGUGGUGUAUACUUUAUGACUGUUCUCCAUAGGUAGGAAAGGAAUUCUAAAGACCCAGUCUGGAUUGCAGAUAGCAUACUUGAGUGGAGUCGAAAAAACUGAGGCUCCUGAGGUACAGAAUUAAUUAGAACAAUCAAUUUAUUACUGUACCAUUGCAUUCUAAAGCCAAUGUCACUGAAAUAAUGUCAUGUGUAUCUUUAAAAAUUAUUGCCAAUAGUAUUAUAGUUAAUUGGUUAAAACUAAAAAGGAAUUAAUUUCACAUAUGGUAAUUAUAUUGAACAAGACAGUUAAUUUUGCUUGAUAUCUGAGAAAUUUGAUGUUUCCCAAUGUGGAGCAAAAGGAAACAAAUUGAUUUCCCAAGGGAUCUUGCACUCGUGAUUAAACGUGAUUUGUUAUUUAGCCCAUGAAUAAGCACUUCUACACAAUGUACAUUUUUUUACAAGUUCCAUUUUUUAAUGAAUUAAAAUAAGUGUUAGCAAGCGGUCACCUAUUGCACGCAACUGUGUGCGGUGUAUUGUUACAUGUAUACAUAUGUUACUGGUCCAAAUUUAAUUCAAGUUAAAAUUAUUUAACCAUGGUCGUUUCUCAAUUUCCUAAUUUCCUAAUUGAAUUAGGGCUUAGGAGACAAAGGAAAUUGAGAAUUAGAAUCAACCUUUUUUAAAAAAUUUUAACCUGAAUUUUAUUUUGACUGUAAUAUACAAUCAACAUAUACAGCAAGAAAAAAAUAUUGUUUUUUCAGGGUUGGCCAUUUUGAAAUUACGUGCCCGAUAACUUUCUAUAUUAAAAAAGUUGUACUCAACUCAGUCCUACUGUAUUACCAUUACUUAUAAUUUAUAAUAGCUCAUAAUAGCUCGCCUCCACUUCCAGUGGCCAUUUGUAAAUCAGUUGUCUGGUUGCUUCCUCAAAGCAAUUUAAGCAUCAAAUUAAUUAUAUUUUGUUGACUGAGAUUAGUGAUGUUCUGUACACUGUAUUUGUUUUUAGGAAGGGUGUCAUUUUACACAGAGUGAUAUUGAAGCAUUGGAGUAUCAAUGUAAUGAGGAAAGUUUUAAGGGUCUUGACAUCCUCAUGACCUCAUGCUGGCCUAAAGGUGUUUCACAGUUUGCUAAUAAACCUGUAAGUGUCUUGAUCAAAGAACAUCUGCCAGUACAGAAGCUCCUGAAUUUUUUUAACAGCUUAGUUUAGUAUCUUAAAGUUUAAGUUAAACUAAUUGAAUUUGAAUGUAGCAAAAGUGGGAAUGAGAGUUUUAUUUUAAAUUAUUGCCGUACAUUGCAAAUGAUUUAAUUUAUGAUGAUGAUGAUAUUGUUCUUCAAGUCCACAGGCUCAGGAGAAGUAAUAAUACAUGUAUUUCACCUAGUGUAAUGUUGUAAUUUAAAGAAUAAAUUUAUUUAUUAAAGAAUUAUUAAACAAAAUAAAAGUACAUGUAUUCCUUAGCUCUCCUCUUCAGUAGUGAGCCAAAACCAGUUGAACACAACAAACAAAUUAUUUUAAAAGAUGUGAGAACUUCUUGUUAGUACUCAAAUUUCAUAAGACGAUAAUCAACCUACAUGUACAUGUACAGUUUACAGGGUAAUUGUUACUCAUAAAUUGCACUCACAGAGCCCCAUGGGUACUCUUCUAUGCCCAUGUGACACUCAACUUACUUGGGUGAAAUUCUGUGCUGUAGUAACAUACUUAGAUGUUUUACUUUUGUAUUUAGUUGGUCUGUUGUUUCCCUUUUUCUUAAGGAUGGUAUCGACUGUGACAAUUGCGGGUCAGUGUUAGUGUCUCAUCUGGCAGAACACAUGAAACCAAGGUAUCAUUUUGCUGGUCAUGAAGGGGUUCAUUACGAACGACCACCCUAUAGGUGAGGAGUAAAUCAUUAACAAUUAAUGAAUGAGGCUGAGUAUCAUAUGAAGAAUUCUUCAUAUGAUACGAAAGCCAAAUUCAAUAAUUGUUUUAUUAUUCAGUCAAAAUAAUUCCUAGUUUAAAAACAUGGCUAAAACAUGCUUACCUCCAUCGAUCCAUCAAUGUUAAGUUUAUCUUCGAUAGUGCACAUUUUAGGUUUGUCCAGCUCUGCAAAUAUUCUCCAAAUAGCAGAUGUUGCCGUUUGAGUUGUCUUCUUGCUGUUCUUGCCAUGUUUUUAGUUAUUUUUUCGCCUAGUUGUUACCCUUGAAACGAGUGAAAAGUCCGCCAUUUUUCAAGUUCACAACCAAAACAACUCAACCUUAUCCCCAGGUCUUCUCGGUUUAGGUGCCUUAACCUGCACGAAUGCUGCAUUUUUGACGUCAUUUGCUCGUUAAACACAAAAUUUUUCCAAAUUUGGUCAUCAGAAACUGGUCAUGGUGAGUUAUGCGUGUGCUUUUAGCGAAUCAGAAUUGGGGAAAUAUUUCGAAUGAGUAAUGAUACUAAUAAUAAAUUAUUUAUUGUUUUAUUCUAUUUUUCCUGAAGCAUGUUGUCAGUCCUAAAACCUUCAAUUAUUUUUAUAAUAAUAAUCUGUCUAGUUGUAAGCCUACUAACCAGAGCAGGUUGUUUGAUUAUUACAUGGUCAACAAACAUAGAUCUCUAAAAUAUGGAAUUUAUGGAAUACAAAAUAAAGGUGAAAUCGCAAAAUAAUGAUGAAAUGAAAGUCCCAUAAGUCUUAACAGUAUUAUUUGUUCCUUCACAAUCAGAAGUUUCUGAAGAUAAAGAGCUCACUCAAAGAAAUUCUGUUUAGCCCUUUAAGUCCCAAUAGUGACCAACAUAAAUUUUCUCCUAACAAUAUCCAUACAAUGUCAAGAGAUUAGGUUAUGAGAAUUAAUAAAAUGAUCACCUAAGAGAAAAUGCUUUGAUCUUUUAUCAAAUUCUCUCAACUCAUUCUUUAAGGAAAUGUAUAGAGAUCAGUUUGGAGAAUUUGUACAUGUAUAUUGGGGCUUAAAGGGUUAAUUAUAAUUUAUUAUGAUUAUUGUAUUUAUAGUCUUUAGUAUUAUAGUUAUAUAAUGUUCAGUAAUAAUAUUUUUUAAAGUUAUGAUCAAUAUAAUUUCAACAGUUUACAUAAUUAUAUUCUCAUUAUAUUCUCAUUCUCCUUUUGACAGGAACCAUCAAGUCCUUCGAGAGACAGCACAACAUGUAACAAGAUUUAUUUCCCUUGCUCAUGUUGGAAAUACAACCAAGAAAAAGGUAAUGAUGCUCUGUUCAUUGUAGACAAUGCUCCCUGUAAUAACAGAUAUUGGGUUCUUUUUGGUGAUCAAGAAUUAUGUUUUUUCAUGUUUCUCCAUUGCAGAAGACAAGUUGUUUGAGUGUUAUAAUUCCCACCCCUUCUUUAAUUCCUCAAUGAACUAAUUCCAGCUUAGUUCAUACAUGUACAUACAUUUUGAUAGUUUGUCAACUCCUUCCCUUUUGGCCUCUGUUAGAUACAUGUAUCACUUUGAACUAAUGGUGCACACAAUGUAUUCUCACAGUUUAGUGUAAGAGCUAACAGGUUGCUGAUGAUGUUUUAAUGAGGAUGGUGUACAUUGUACAAGACUAUUUAAAAAUAACAAUAUUUAUUAUAUAAACACUAAUGAAAUACCAGGUGAGCUUUCACGCGACAAAACAUGAUAUCUUCACACCUGAAAAUUACAUGUUAUUUUCACAUGUGGAAAGGUCACUGUUGCCAUGGUUACAUGUUAAAUUGCACCUUUCACAAAAAAAUACUAAAGUGAAAUGGUUUGGUAUGCCUUUGGUGUUUAUAUAAUAAAAUUAGAACAUUACAUAUAUAGCCACUUGGAGAUACAAAUUUCCCGUAGUUUUCAGCGGGAGAAGGGAAAUUUUAUAUCUCUGCAUGACAAUGUGAUAUCCUCUACAUACUUUUUAAUUAUAAUAUUGAUAUUUUAUGGCUGCAGUACAUGUAUGCAUUCAAUAUUGUACCCAUGGUUUCCAUGGACAAGGAUGAACUUGUCAAACAACCUCCAGAUGUUACUGAGUUUCCUUACAAGAAAGUGCUGGGAGGAAAUGAUGUGAGCAUGACAAAAUCAGAAAUGCAGCAGGUAAGAUGCUGACAGGAAUUUGGCCAGGGAUGUGGUAGUUUUCUUUUUUUUAAGUAUUGCCUUUUUCAAGCUAGUUUACUAACUUAGAACAAAUGCUACUUAAUCAUAGUAAACAGAUACAAGCCUGUACUAAAUUAAUGACUUUUGACAGACUCUUGGAAAGCAAAACUGAUAACAAAUGACAGAACAACCAACACUUGACUAACAAUAAACAACGAUUUUUAAAUUGCUGUUUAUUGUUUACUGUGGCAAAAGACAAACUGGAACGCACCAAUGACAUUCAUAGCCAAUAACAUCAUCUGGCUUAACUGACAAAUGACCAAUAACGUUGACUUUGACCAAUCAGGUCAAUACAGAGUUAAAUACCAUCAACUGAUGUGAUACAACUCAUUUUGCCUCUGAAGAUGACUACUGGACAGGUUGUCAAAACGUCAGUGACUGUCAACAACAGUCCUAUAUUCAAGACUACACUUUACUGUCCAUCAUAUCCAACCUACUGAUAAAAAAAAAAGAUAGAUACACAAAUUUCGUAGCUCAUUCAGCAAUGUUUACUUGAUAUUAACAUUUUGUUGCUCUGAUUCUUGUACUAGGAUGCUGCUUCAACUCAGAACUUUUUCUUUGACAUGCAAAAUGCUACAAGAUCACAGGGACCUAGGGGUAAAAGACAAGGUGAUCAUGGUACAGUAUCAGUAUUGCAGUAAAACUAUUCUCUCAGCAGAAUUAAUUGUCUCCUUGGAGGAGUCAUUUCAGUUUCUUAACUAAAAUGAGGCUAAAGCAUACAGCUCUGAUCAAGGGCUAACAUGCAGUCCCACUUCUACCUGUAGCACACAAGAAGUGUUGUUUGCUUUAUCAAAGUGACUUGGUGUUUCUAGUUCAGUAUUGCGUUAGGUAACAAAGGAUCAAAAGAGAAUUUAACAGUGAUCCAGAAGGAUUUGACUGGAACAUAAUACAUUGUAGCGAAAUGUGUACAAACUGCAUUUCAGCUGAAUUGCUCAGUCAUCAUCAGUCUCGUCACAAACCGGACACAUGACCACAGAAUUGUUGUGUGACAAGAGAGCAUGACUGUAUUUGUUUGAAGGUAGCCAAAACUCUCCAAAACUGCAACCUAAAGGACAGAAUUGUUUAAUGUAAAUAAUGUAUCUGAGUGGGUUAAAAAAUAAUUAUUGGCCAUUGUAGACAGAUGGUAGGCUCAAUCGUCUGAGCCACUUUUCAAGAAAUGAGCCAACACUGACCAGACGUAACCCUUUAAGUUUCAAUAUCCACAUACAAAUUCUCCAAACUGUUUUCAUUACAUUUCCUUAAAAAAUGAGUAGUGAGAAUUUGAUAAAUGAUCAGGGCAUUUUCUCUUAGGUUAUCAUUUUAUUAAUUCUCAUAACCUAAUCUCUUGACAAUAGAUGGAUAUUGUUAGGAGAAAAUUGAUGUUGGUCACUAUUGACACGUAACAGAUACGGCUGUUGUAGAGAGUUGGUUGCUAGUAGAAGUUUCACUGUAUGCGUUUCCUGUUGUUGUUAAAAAGCUUUGACUGACAUCCUUUUAUUUCAAACCUCACCUAUGAAGCUGGCGAAGUUGGUGGACCCAAGAAACAAAGAAAAGGACCCCGUAAGUGCAUGCACUCUUAUAUACAUCAUUACCUUUGAAGUUCUGAGUCAGAAAAUUUUAACUAAUGUACUAAAUAACAUUAUGCUUUUGUUUUCAGCACCUUUGAAAGGUUCGUGUUGGUUCUGUUUGGGAAGUCCGCAGGUUGAAAAGCAUUUGGUUGUCAGUGUAGGAGAUGAUGUAAGUGCUAAUCAGCUUAUUAAUUGUCCUUGGUCAACAAGCAAGUCUGACAGGCACAUGUUGUCAGUCAGACGGAACGUCUCUCAGACAGUCAUCAAUCGGUCAGCAACUGGUCUGACUACAACUAGUUUAGUCGGUCUCUCAGUGUAAUUUACCACAUGUAUUAAUAAAUUAUUAUUACACGUAUCAUUCAAUCUGAUUAAGUUUCAUUGUGCUCGAUGGAUACAUCAAAGAAGAAAAUUAGAAAAUGCUAAGCACUAACUGCUCUGUUUUCCGAUAGUCUUAUGUGGCCUUGGCCAAGGGAGGACUGGUGCCUGAUCACGUAUUAAUCUGUCCCAUCGGCCAUUUCGAGUCAACAGUUAAACUGUCUGAGGUACGAAGCUCUUUUUUUCAACUUUCAUUCUCUUUCUUCCCUUCUUUUUUUGGUGUUUUUUUGUUUGUUUUGUUUUGUUUACGUUCUGUAUACGUAUAGUGAACGUGUUGCAUUCUUGAUGUAUUUCAGGAUGUUCUGAUGGAAAUUGAAAAAUAUCCUUUCUAUUAGUUAGUUUUUCUAGUUUUUUCUUUCUAUUUUUUUUUCAGUGAAUUAUUUUUUCGUUGAGGAAUUUUCAGACUGCCGCCUUUUUUCUGUCAUCACCAUCAUCAUCUUCAUCUUCAUCAUCAUCGUCAUAAUCAUGAUCAUCAUCGUCAUCAUCAUUAUUUUAUUUUAAUUAUUUAUUUAUUUUUUUCAUUUUUCAGAACAUUAUACUUUAGGAUGCGACACUUGCGUAUUAUUUUUCUUUAACUUCCAGCAGAUAUAAGAGAGCUCUUCGUAGAUUGUUUCACAGUGAAGGAAAGUCCUGUGUAAUUUUCGAGAGGAAUUUUUACACACAGCAUCUUCAACUGCAGGUACGUUGCAAAAUGCCAUAUAUCUUAGACUGCAAAAUGAAAAAUUAGAACAACGGUUACAGUAAAGAGUUUUGCAACAUUUAAAUAAAUCUACAUGUAGUUCAAAAAUACCUUCGUAAUUGUUUCGCUUGGGAAAAGCUCCGCAGGAUAAAAAUAACAAUGCGACGAAAGUUUUCAGGUGUGUUCGUUUCAGUAAUGAUCCAGUUUUAGUGUUAAGGUCAUGCGUUAGAGAUCCAAUGUGAAAGAUAAGCGGAACAAAACUGCCCUAGUUUGUCCUAAAUUUGAAUUGUGAAAAUCACUCUGUCUGUCGGGAAUGGGCGUUUUGUCUUUCUCUUAUCUUUAAAAUUUUAAAAGUAAUGAUUUAUCAUUUUAAGGGCCUCAGUUUACGUGGAGAUGGGGUACCCCAGAUGGGUGAGGUAAUCAGCAGCGGGUCACCCCACCUAUCAUGUAAACGUGAUGAAAUUAAAAUGAGAGAUUAUAUGGACAGGCGGGUUACCCCACCUAAGCGGGUUACCUCACCUACCUGGGGUCCCCCAACUCCAUAUAAACAGGCCCUAAGACUAUUCUUCUUAAUUAUUUCCCGAAGGUUGUACCUGUGCCCCAAACAGAGGUGGACGAGUUAAAGGACAUCUUCAAAGAGCACGGAGAUCAAAAUUCUCUACCCAUUAGAGAUGUCCCAGCCAACACAGAGCUAAAACAGGUCUUUUGUCUUGGAGAUAUAUAUAUUUUUUCUUCUUACAUCAAUUCUAGUCAUUACUUGUAUCAAAACUUUGACCAGUGACUGAUUAUUUUUGCCCUAAUUCUGUUAGGAACUGUUUAAAAUUUCGACCGGUUUCGAAUUCAUCGGUAUAAAGAACGAUUUUCUUUACCCCAGUAAUAGUAAAAUAUAUGAAAAAGAACCUCGAUAUAAAAAAAACCUCGAUAUAGCGAACAAAUUUUACCAGUCCAUUGGCUCUUCGUUAUAUCUAAGUUCCACUGUAAAAGAGGCAGAGUCAUAACGUCUAUCUUGACAAACCUAAUGGUAAUGAGCAAAUUCUACCGUUCUCACUCAUCUUCACCUUUGGAAUUUGUGUAGAGUGUUGUUGCAAAUUAAGGAAUUUCAGGUAACAUUCACACGGCUCCGGACGAAUUUUCUACCGGCUGAAGAAUUUGACCGGACACUUCGUUCGCACGGGAUCAUUCAAUAUUUUCGCUCUGUUCACACGGAACUUUGAACGGCUAGGCGUCUAAAUUGACGUACGGUUAGAGCGAUUUUCAUGUGACCUUGAAAUGAAAACGCGCGAACAAAACAGAAACAACAAACGAACGGAAAUAGAGCGAUUUGAUUGGUUUAUCGAACGGAUACAAACGCGCGUGGCUUUUGGUUGGUUAAGCGGACGCUCGGGUGAAAAAACUUCAUGCCUGAGAACUUUCUAGAAAUCAACCGAUACUUCGGUUUGAAGUCAUACUGCAACACGAUUGGCCAAUCGAAUAAUGCGUUCUCCAUAUUAGGGUUUUCUUUGGCGGGAAAACGAAGAGUCCAUGUUUUGAUCUUUUCAUCUACUGGCUGGUUAGGUAAAACAAAUAACGAACAGUUACGGAAACCAGUUUUCAAGGUCAUACGAAAAUCGCUCUAAGGUUGUUCAAUGUCAACGGAAUGGAACACCUAAACGCACGAGUUUUCAACCGGUCGAAAAUUCGUCCGGUGUCGUGUGACAGAACGAGUCUCCUACCAAGUGACGUCAAUAGCAUUCUCUGAAGCCUCAACGCGAUUAGCCCAACUCAGUUGGUCAAGUAUAGGCGUCAUCUCCCGGAGUUGAAUUCCUCAGAAGAAGAAUAUCCAAGUUCAAAGCGAAAGUGAGAAAAUACAGAAUAAUGUCAGUGUCUUUUCUUGGCAGUUUGUACCAGUAGGAGCACCGUACUUUGUGGCAGAGUUCGAUAACGGUGAACGGUUACUUCAUCGCGUGACACACAAAAUGCCUUUACAGUUUGGAAGGUACUAAGCGUCACCUACCUUUUAAUGUAACUACAAAUAUGGAACGUUUUUAGUAGACAUGGAAUACAUGCAACUGCCUAGGUUUACAUUUCAAUAUCAUUUAGCUAUUAUGUUAUUUGUACUGGCAGAAAUGUACCAUAUUUUCUUACUUUUGGUUGACUUAAGGUGACUCGACCCAGUUUUUUUGGGAGGGUACCAUCCUACUUUGAAGCUCUCUGGUAUCCCCACCUUUACUUUUAUCGUAAGUCUAAGACAUAGAAUGGAUAACAUAUAGAUCAAUCUACGAUAUAACAUAAAUUUUUUGGCGAUCGGAGUAAAUGUCACGUGGUUAUGAUACCACGCCCCUUUGAGGUCUGAGUCGAAAAUCUGCUGUUGCCAGCAUUUUUUCGUAAAAAUCUCUCGGCUACACAUAGUGCGCAUUAGUGCCUUGUGCUGAACAGAGUUUCACCAAGAUCGCAAAGACCCAAUUCGAGAAAUUCAGCGGUUUCCAAAUUUAGGUCAUAAUUUAUGGGUAAAUGAUAAGCAAACUUUACACGAUUAUAUCUAAUAAACUUUGAGAUUCAUCCCUUUAUUUUGGGCAUCGUUAUAACAGAUGGGUCCUUGCAAGUCAGUAAAACGCUUUAGGGCCUUGUAAAUGGGCGCGAUUUCGAGCAAAGCAAACAUAUAGAAAUUAUAGUUUUUGGCUAUUUGUUGACGUUUGUCAGCGUUGAAGAGUCCUUCUCACGAAAAAAGCAUUUUCUUAAAAAUUCGUAGUUUUUUUUCCUUCAAAGUUUUUCAGGGCCACAAUUGAUUAACUAAUUAUCCGGAUUCUGAAUUUCAUGGUCAUUGAAAAACUGUGACAUUAUCUUCUAUAAGCCCAAACUUGAGUAAACAUUGAAGAUUUUUAGCGUUUUGGCUGAGUUUGUGCUUUGGGAGUUGUCUAUUGUUUCUAGUCUGUCAUGAUACAGCAUUCUUGUUCAGCACAUACUUGUAGUGGUUUGCUUAUUUUCGAUAGAAUACUGACGCUUUCGCGUCAUCGUUUGAAUGAGAGUGCUUUCUUCACGUUGUAAACGGCAAACGACAAGCGUUCAAAUUGGCUGGGAAAAUAAUCUAGUGGCCAAAAUCGUGAUGCUUAAAUAAUCUCUCUGAUCUAUCAACUUUUGUAGGGAAGUUGUGGCCAGUCCUUCUCUUCUCAAUAUGCCCGACAGAGUGGACUGGAAAGCCUGUAAGGUUUCCUUGGAGGAAGAAAAGAAGAUGGCCGCUGAGUUUAGAAAGAAAUUUCAGCCGUUCGACUUCAACUUGACGUAG